AUGGGAAUGGGGAUGGUAAUGCCAAUACCCGCCCCACCCCACCCCGUUUGCAUCCCUUCUUAUACGCUAACAAUUAUCCUCACUUCCUCGGUCCUUAGGAUUCAGCAACAAACAAGGAAAAGAAGAAAAAAGGGAAAGUCAAAUAUAGAGCUCGAAGAAGAAAAAGAAGAAAGAAUUCCUCCUCUUCUUCUUCUUCUUCUUCUUCUUCUUAUUAUUAUUAUUAUUAUUAUUAUUAUUAUUAUUAUCAAUUGUUACAGCCAAUUAGGCUUCAGGACAGGUGGGUUCUUCGAUUUCAUAACAAUGACUCGUGGUAAUCAGAGAGAGAAGGAUCGGGAAAGAGCUCAAGCUCGCAAUGGCAAGAAGGGUGCCAAGAAAGAUGAUGGCUUAACCCCUGAGCAACGCCGAGAAAGGGAUGGAAAGGCACUACAAGAGAAGGCGGCUAAGAAAGCUGCCGGUUCAGGCCAAGCUAGUGGUGGUGGAGGUACCAGCACCAAGAAAUGAUGCCUCUAUUUCCUCCUCUUUUUUUUAUUACUAAUAUUCCCGGAAUAAAAACAAAUUAGUAGUACCUACUGCUUUUCCUCUGUUUAUUGUCAUGUCAUCUGUGUACCUGAAUCUUGAAUAUUGACCCAUAAGGUUCUUCAUUUCACUUCUGUUUUACCUUA